AUGUCCCAACCAACACCCACCCCUACCGCCCGAAAGCCUGUCCUCUGGACCUGCACUGCGUGCCCCCGCCUAAGUCGAGUAAACCACAGUCCGCGCCACUGUCGGCCACGUGGCUGCCGAGACCUCGCUCAGGCUCCUCAGAUCACCGCCACCAGGAAGCGGAAACGUCCCGCGUCCGUGGAAGCAGAGGAGAGGAAGGUUAAAACUCCAGAUCGGGCACAGAAAGGGAACGGUGAGGCGGCUACGGAUGGAGGUGGAGAGGUCGAGGUGACGCUAAAGAUGGUCUAUGAUAGUUUGAGGAGGUUGGAGGAGUUGGUGAGGCGCCUUGAGGGAGCGAGACUGGUGGUGGCAGGGGAAGUUGGCGGAGAGGAUGAUGAGGGUGGGGAGAAUUGGGAGGACUGGGACGAGAGUCAGUCGGUUUUGACGGAGUUUGGGAAGGAUAGCAGGAUACAUUUGAGGGGUGUACGGCGGCUUGUGGAGGAUGUUGAUGCGUACGAGGUGAUCACCGAGGAGGAAGAGAAAGAGGAUGCAGCCAGUGAAGAGGAUGAUCCGGAUUGGGAGGAGGCAGAUCUGACUACGGAUAAGGCACGUCGAGGGUACGAAGGGGACGAGCACGGCAGAGAUGAAGUUUGUGCAGCUUGUGGACGGGAGUAUGAAAACGAGUAUGCUGAUCUCGAGAUCGAAGAGAAUGUAAGGAAAAUUGCCGACCAGUUCUAA